UAUCAUGUUCGGCCCACGACCUAAGGUGUGUUUUGGAUUUUGACCUCUUGUGUGAUUGAGUUUUACACCCCUGAGUUAAAGAAUAUCGAUUUGAUAUUGAUUUGAUAUCGAUUUGAUAUGAGUUUGAUAUUGAAGGGACGGCUUGGUUGCGUGGUUUGAGGGGGCGGGUCUUCCGGUUGCAUUUUGAUUGGUCGAAAUUGGGGCCAAGUGAAAUUUUUGAUGGAAAGUCCAUUGUUUUUACUCUCUAAUAAGAAUGAACAUAUAAUGAAAUUGAAAUUAUUUAUAAUAGUUAUAUUAGAAACAUUAUUGAUUAAAAUUGAGGAUGUUUUGUUGUUUUUUGCAUAAUAAACAGCAUAAAAAUAAAACUGCAGGAAAUGACGUUUGUUUCCCUCCAAUCUGUCCUUCAACAGCUAUAGGACCCAAACAUGUGAAGCGCUGUAUUAACAUUAUCAGUGAAUGCGCUCGUGUCGUCUCUCCAUGUCGGGGGGCGCAGACUGAAGCCGUGGAUGUGAAUGAUGUGAAGGCGGCAGUGCAGAGUGGAGAAGGGUGGGGCCGGAGCGGCGGAACCCGGAUGCUGAUGCUGCCGAUGGAGAACAGGAAGCUCCGCUGAAUGAGGAGGAGGAGUGAGGCGAACGGGGAUGCUGAGAGCGAAGUAGGGCAGCGAUUACCCCCCCGAAGCCGCGCGGACGGAGGAGAUGCUGUGAUAACGUGAACCGGCCAGGAGGGGAGGAUGCUUGUUGUUCCUGGAAACGAGCGCUGAACCCCCCCUCACACACCGAGCAGCCCCCCCGGGCCGGUGAGGAGGGGAGGAGGGGGAGGAGGGGGAGCCAAAGUGUGCACCGGAUAUUGGAAAAGCCAUUCUUCUGGCGGAUGCUGCCGUGAUAGCAGAUCUGAGCGACGCCGCAUCCGCGCGGAUCCGAACCCGCGCCAGGCCCCGCGUCACGGUGGAACCGGAGUGAGAGCGAGCGCGCCGCGGGACGGUGGGGGCUUUUCUGCAGGACGGGGGUCCCUGAUAUCGAUCUGAGCCUGGAAUCAGCGACGCCUCUCUGACUUGGGAUAUUUGAGACUCUGCUUUUACGGAAAUCAAUCUCUGGUAAAUGUAGGCUUCCUGUCCGGAACGGGAGCAGAUUUUCUCCUCCGCUCCUCCUCAGCUACAGCUGCAUCAACCGGCUUCAAACUACUGUUAUUUAUAGCAGGGAGGGGGGGGAUUCACUUUUAGGCAACCGCCCCUUGUCCACCCUACUGCGCUCUGCGUAAAACAGACAAAUCCAAUGGAUGAAGACAUUAAAGGGAACAGAGAAUAAGCACAGGAGUGAAAAGCUGUAGCGCGGGGGGGUCUGAGCGCAUGACAAGUGUAUGGGAGUAGCCUGCAGGGCCCGGCUUCACAUCACGACCAGACCUCCGCAGCCGCCGGGGGAUGCGCGGCGCCGCGUCUUUACGCGCGGAGCUACCGUCUUGAUUCGCCUCAUUUCAGAGGACCCCGCCGUCUGCUGGGAAGAAUGAGCAGUAAGGAAGUCACGACGGGCCAGUCCAACCAGUACGUGGGGCCCUACCGGCUGGAGAAGACCCUCGGGAAGGGGCAGACAGGGCUGGUGAAGUUGGGUGUCCACUGCAUCACGGGCCAGAAGGUGGCCAUAAAGAUAGUCAACAGAGAGAAGCUCUCCGAAUCCGUUCUCACCAAGGUGGAGAGAGAAAUAGCUAUUCUUAAACUAAUAGAGCACCCUCAUGUUCUGAAGCUGCACGAUGUCUAUGAAAAUAACAAAUACCUGUACCUGGUCCUGGAGCACGUGUCUGGUGGAGAACUGUUUGAUUAUCUGGUGAAGAAAGGCCGGCUGACGCCCAAAGAGGCCAGGAAGUUCUUCAGACAAAUCAUCUCCGCCCUCGACUUCUGCCACAGUCACUCCAUAUGCCACAGAGACCUGAAGCCGGAGAAUCUCCUCCUGGAUGAGAAGAACAACAUCAGGAUAGCAGAUUUUGGCAUGGCGUCGCUCCAAGUCGGGGACAGUCUUCUGGAGACCAGCUGCGGAUCUCCUCAUUAUGCCUGCCCAGAGGUCAUUAGGGGGGAGAAGUACGAUGGACGCAGAGCUGAUGUCUGGAGCUGUGGAGUCAUCCUCUUCGCACUGCUUGUGGGUGCUUUGCCCUUCGACCACGACAACCUGCGACAGCUCCUGGAGAAGGUGAAGAGCGGCGUUUUCCACAUGCCUCAUUUCAUCCCUCCUGACUGCCAGGCCCUGCUCAAGGGAAUGAUACAAGUCGACCCCGACAAGAGACUCUCGCUGGAGGCGAUACAGAAGCACGCCUGGUACCUGGGGGGUCGCAACGAGCCGUGCCCGGAGCAGCCUCCCCCUCGCCGGGUGUGCGUGAAGAGGAUCCUGUCCCUGACAGAGCUGGACCCAGACGUCCUGGAGAGCAUGUACUCCCUGGGCUGCUUUCGGGACCGGGUCAAACUCACACAGGACCUCACCAGCGCGGAAGAAAACCAAGAGAAAAUGAUCUACUACCUCCUGUUGGACAGGAAGGAGCGAUACCCCAGCUGUGAAGACGAGGACCUACCGCCCAGAAAUGACAUUGACCCUCCUCGGAAGCGAGUGGACUCGCCCAUGCUCACACGCCAUAGUCGCUGCCGUCCAGAGAGAAAAAGCUUAGAGGUCCUCAGCGUCACUGACCAGGGGUCUCCCACCCCACCUCGCAGGGCCCUGGACACAAACGCACACAGUCAAAGGUCUCGCUCAGUGAGUGGAGCGUCCACAGGUCUGUCCUCCAGUCCCCUCAGCAGCCCCAGAAGUCCGGUCUUCACUUUCAGCCAAUCAGAAGUCACCUCCGCCUCCGCUCCCUCCUCCAAAGACCCCAAACCAGGAAGUGCCACCACCCCACGAGGCGCCCGUCCGACGUCCCUCUUCAAGUCCAAGAACUCCUCCUCUAACUCGUCUGCCGCCCCUGUGUCGCAGGUCACGCCGCAGGGCUCGCCGCUGCCCACCCCGCUGGGCACCCCUGUGCACCAAACCCAACACCCAUCUUCCACCACCCCUCCCUCCUCUUCCUCCUCUUCUUCCAGAGUGGAAGGAGGAAGCGGGGCCUCUCUGACGCCAACUCCACCCCCCAGUCCCGGUGGCAGCGGCAGUUUGGCCGCCUCAGGCUCCGCCCACUGGAGAUCGCGGCUCAACUCUUUCAAAAACAAUCUGCUGGGGUCCCCGCGCUUUCACCGCCGCAAACUGCAAGUCCCCACGUCCGAGGACAUGUCCAGCUUGACUCCAGAGUCCAGUCCAGAACUGGCUAAGAGGUCCUGGUUCGGGAACUUCAUUAGUCUGGAGAAAGACGAGCAGAUCUUCGUUUUGAUCAGAGACAAGCCGCUCAGCUCCAUCAAGGCCGACAUCGUCCACGCCUUCCUGUCUAUCCCCUCCCUCAGCCACAGCGUGCUGUCUCAGAACAGUUUCCGGGCAGAGUACAAGUCGUCCGGCGGCCCGUCCGUCUUCCAGAAGCCGGUCAAAUUUCAAGUGGAUAUCGGUUUCUCUGAGGGGGAGAGAGAACGAGAGCGGGAACGAGCAGAGAGAGAGGGCAGAAGAGAGAUGGGCCUCUACAGCGUCACCUUCACGCUCCUGACAGGGCCGAGUCGCAGGUUCAAACGGGUUGUGGAAACCAUUCAAGCUCAGCUGCUCAGCACUCAUGAUCAGCCCUCAGUGCAGGCACUGGCUGAUGAGAAGAACGGUCAGCUUCCCCAUCAGCCCAGCACUCCUUCGCGCCAGAACUCGCGGCGUUCGGAAAGCGGGUCGGAGCGGGGCGGGUCGGAGCGCGUCGCUGACGGGGUGAGUAGCAGCGGCAGUGGAACCAUCCUGCAGCGGCGAGAGUCGGGGAAAGACAAGACCAGACUCCUUUCCUCCACCAACGGGACGCCGUCUCUCUCCUGAGCUGAGUGUGGCGGGAAGAGAAGCUCCGACCUUUUCUCUUCCUCCCUCCCACAUUCGUCCUCCCGUUCCUCCCAUUCAAUCAACUGGAAGAAGGACGGAGAAUUGUCUCCUUUCUCCUUCCCUUGUGGUGACAGGUUGAACUGAAAUCUUGUCAGAAAAACUUCUUACCAUAGAAACACGGAAAGUCAAACCAAGA